CUCAGAUUCCGGGAACACUCCAUUGCAGUCAGCAGUGAUAUACGGGGGAUGUUCCACCAGAUCCGAUUGCUCCCAGAAGACAGACCACUUCUGCGAUUUCUCUGGAGAGAUCUCAAGGUACCUCAAACAGAAUUAUGAGUACUCAGGAAGCAUCACAAGAGGCUGUGGUGAAAUAAUAACCUCUACAGCACAAUUACCUUCUCCAUGAGAGCCUUUCAAUAUCAGUAAUGACACCAUCAACAAAAGAUUCCCUUUGUGUAUGGGAUCAUGCAGUGAAUCAAGUUCCUGGCACUGACUGGUGGUGUAAUACACUGUCCCCUCUCUUCUGCUGGGUUUGUCUUGUGCCCGAUACCAGGAUGGCAGCAGAUGUCCACAAUAAGGGUGUACCCUGGGAGGUUAAAAAUGGCAACUUGAUGCCUGUGGAUCGACUCCAGCAGGACCGAUCAGACAGUCCGACCCCUGGCCUGGUGGAAGGGACUGAGCCAGGUGCUGGACAGGAGAGUGCCAUGUUUGUUCACGCCCAGUCCUUUGAAGACCUGACUGCCGAAAAUGAGUCCAGCACUGCUGACAAUUCAGUAGAGGUGGGCGGCACAACUCUGGAUACAUCUAAUGAAGGGGAGGUAAGAAACAGUCAAGAGGAGGCUCUGGAAAGCGAUGAGGUGGUGCAGGAAGUAGUCUUGGUGGCUGAAAGGGAGCAGAAGGAGAGGCAGACAGAGACUUUGUGGAGCAACAAGCCGAAAGAGGAGGAUGUGACAAGUGAAACAUGGCGGAGUCACAGAAAGCAUGUAUUUGUCUUGAGUGAGGCGGGAAAACCCAUCUACACACGCUAUGGCACGGAAGAGGCACUCUCUAGUAUCAUGGGAGUCAUGAUGUUGCUCAUGUCCUUUGUGGAGGAUAAGAAGAACAUUAUCCGGUCCAUUCAUGCAGAUGGCUACAGGGUGGUAUUCCUGCGGAAGAGUCCUCUCAUCUUGGUAGGAGUCUCCCGUACGAGCUGCUCCGACCGCGAGUUGACGCGGGAACUCCAGUACGUCUACUACCAGAUCGUCAGCCUGCUCACCCUCACGCAGCUGAACCACGUCUUCCAGCACCGGCAGAGUUACGACCUGCGCCGCCUGCUGGCUGGGUCUGAGCAUCUCACCGACAACCUCCUGCGUCUACUAGACCAAGAUCCGGGCCUGCUACUGAGCGCGGUGAUGUGCCUUCCACUGGCCAGCUCAGCACGUGAUGUCGUCUCCUCCAGCUUGCAGGCUGCAAAAGCCAAGAACCUGGUAUUCUCUAUCCUGCUUGCAGGAAACAGGUUGGUUACAUUGGUGCGAAAAAAGGACCAGUUCCUGCACCAUAUGGACUUGCACUUGCUUUUCAACUUGGUCUGUUCCUCAUCCUCCUUCCGAGAAGGCGAGGGGUGGACACCCAUAUGUCUGCCCAAGUUUAACCCAGCUGGCUUUUUCCAUGCCCAUAUUUCGUACGUCGAGCCAUUCUCAGAUCUGUGUCUGAUCCUGGUGUCCACUGAUCGUGAGGACUUCUUUAACCUCUCUGAAUGCAAGAAGAGGUUCCUGGAGCGUUUGCGCAAACGCAGUGCCUACCAGUCCCUGCCAGAAGCACUGAGCACACCCAGUUAUCCUGUAUCACAGGUCGGCAUUCCUGAGCUGCUACAUUUUGUGUACAAAUCUAAAAGCUCUGGGCUCUAUACAAGCCCUGACCUUCCUGCACCAUACCAGGGUGAAAAGGAGCUUGAGAGGGUGAUGGGGUUGUACCAGUAUCUGCACAGCUGCCUGCAUCACCCCACACGCCCCCUGCGCUACAUUUACCACUGUGCAGAGACUGAAAACCUCUGUGCCUUGGUUACAAGCGGCUUUGAACUCUACCUCUGCUUCAGUCCUCUUGGAACAAAAGCGCUCGCUGUCUCUUCUGUCAGUAAACUGCUGAAGUGGAUCAGAAAGGAGGAAGAUCGUCUGUUUAUACUCAGUCCCUUAACAUAUUGAUCCAGUUUAUGCCUUGUGCACAAAAAACACUAGUGAAACUCUGACCACACAUGAUCGAGAGAGCAUCAUAUGCCAACACAAAAGGAUGCUGUUGAUGACCUUUUGAAGCUUAUUGACCCCAGACAUGGGCCUGAUUUUUCUUUGCAUACAUUGGCUCACAUUUGCUAAAAGGUCUACUGUCCAAAAAUGUUAAUAAUGUUGGCAAAUGAUACAUCUGUAUAUUUGUCAAAAUUAUGAAAAUUUUGGACAGUUGACUAAAUAGUAAAUGUGACUGAAUUUAAGCAAAGUGAAGUCAGAAAACUGUUUUCUUUUUUUUUUUUUUAGGGCUACUCAAUCUGGUGUGUGGAUGAUUGUAUUGGUUGUAUUCAGAAAUGUUUGUCUUCCUGAUCUUACAGGGUAAAACUGAAGGGUAUUUAAACUUUCAUAUGAGUAGACAUCACAAUAUGAAAUACAUUUUUUCCUGAUGAUUGCGAUUUAACAUUGUUUAACUGCUGGGUAAAAAGUAAAGAAUUAGCACUAACAAUUAAUGAAUGCUCACAAUGUCAGUACACUACUGGAACUAAACUGAAAACCUUGGCCUCUGCUUUAUAUAAUAGACCUGUCGCUGUUUCAACUUAAUGCAUAAUAAAAUAACUUCUCUAAUUUUAAAUAAGACAAGUUAACAAAAAAUACUGAUUGCAUUACUAAAAUAUGUUAGUCAUGUUUUGAUUUAGAUUUUUUUUUGUAUAUGAGUAAAUAAAUGUGAGGUUUUGAUUGCUGUAAACAAUUGCUGCCCAGUUUGGUAAAAUUCCAAGAACAUAUUGAGUUGUGGGACCAAGUCUUUAACCAAUCUGACUUAAUUUCUGUAUAAUAUGCAUCUGCAUGUAAAAUUACCAUUUCACUUAAGAGACUCAACUGACUUGGUGCUAUUGUUGCAAAUACACAAACCACAAAAAUUGAAGCAGAAUCCCCAAGUUUGUUGAUUUGUAUGACGUUAAUGAUCUCCAUGUCUAUGUGAAAGGAUUCAAUGACUGAAUAAGCUUUACUACUGAGGGCUUUUCCCAAACCUGGUUGUAAGGGCCAUUCAUCUCAGAGAUAACUCCAAAGUUAUGUAACUUUUAUAUUAUGAUUUUAUUUUGUUUCGUAGACACUCAUGCUGGCAAUUUGCUACUAAUGCUUCAACAUAAAUCAAUAUAAGUGAAACUUGUGU